UUUAUGAAAAAAUGACAACAUUGAAGCUUUGUCCAAAACACUCCUUAAGAAUGCAUCUAAAACCCACCAUGGAGAUUUGUCCAGCCAUUUCUUACCCAAAUAAGCGACACGAGUAACUAAGUGAGCCAGAAUAGGUGUAUAAAUAGACGUAUAAGAUGGCGAAAUCUAGUAAUAUUGACUCGAACUUGAGUUUAGUUGAACUCGUUCAACAAAAAGAAAAAGAGUGGCGAGAAGCUCAAGAUUUAAGAGUAAAGUCUUUAGAAGUAUCACUAAAAGAACAGGAAAAAUUACUGAAUAAUGAGAGACUUCGCUUUAAGAAGCUUAGAGAAGACUUUGAGUAUAAUCUUCAGUUGUUAUCUGAACGGGACCAGGAGCUGGAAAGAUAUGACCAGAUAUUUGCUAAAUACAAGAAUAUUGAGAGUGAACGAGACGGGGAAAUUAGUGAAUUGAAGAUCAAGAUGGAUGAUUUGAGGUCAAAGCUUCUUCAAGAGGAAAAUGCACGAGAAGAACUACAGAAGUAUUAUCAAAAACGUCUGCGAGAACACCAACAAGAGAUGCAACAAUUUGUUAUUGCUAAAGAAUCUGAGGUGAAAAAAGAAAGAGACAACCUUGAAAGGUUCAAGAGAGAGUUACAACAUCAAAUAAGAACAGUAGAAGAGGAUAUGGAAAGCCAGCGUCACUUGUUAAUGUCAGGGUACGAUGAUGAACUGCACAAGAGACAGCAUGAAUAUCGCAUUAAGUUGGAUGAGAUGAGUAACAGACUGCUAGAAAAAGACUUGAAGGUAAAAAUGCUAACAAAAGAAGUAGAAAUACUGCGGUCUUAUGAGGAACGAACCAAAACAGAACUACAGACAACUGAAACAAGCGUACAAGAACUGGAAAAGAAACUGAAAUUGAAAGAAUGGGAAUUAAUGGAUAAAGAAAAUAUGAAUGCUGCUAAAUUAUCAGAUACAGAAUCAAAAAUGGAGCAAAUGCAAGCUUCAAUGAAAAAGUCGCAGGCUAUCUUUGAACACAAACAAGCAGAAUUAGACCGGUAUGCCAGAGAAAAGGAGACUGCGCUGCUUGCUGCUAAAGAGACACAUCAACAGCGUGAAAGACAGCUUGAGGAUACUAUCCGUGAAUAUCAAGAUAAAUUGGACACUGUUGAAGUAGAGUACAGACAGUUAGAAUGGGAAAACAAAGAUAUCAUGAAAGAUAAAGACAUGAAAGUACAGAGACUUCAGAAGAAGCUUGCAGAAAGUGAAGAAAGACUGUCUUCACAAGCAGCUGAGUUCUCUCGUUCAACAGUAUCCAAGGAUCUGGAGCUGGAGGCACUCAGACAACAAGAAGAGAAACUACGCAUGGAUGUCAUUCAGAGAACAGAAGAUGUGGAGAGAUACAAGAAGGAUCUAUCAAUGGCAUCGGAAAGGGAGUCUAGCCUGGAGCGAGCCAAAACACAGGUUGAACUCGACUGGCAACGAAGAUGUGAAGACGCUGAAAGAGCAGCUUAUGAGAAACAAGAAGGAUUGAUUAGAAAUCUAACCCGUGCUAAAGAUGAGGCUGUCGCUGCUGUCAAAGAAAAGGACCGGGAACUGAAUCAAYGUGAAAACCUUAUAAGGAUAUUAACAGAGACUAGAGACCAGGCUCUCGCUACUCUACAGAGACACGGCCUAUCUGUACCUAUGCAUUUACCUGAUAAAGAAAUCCCUGGGGAUGAGGUUUUAGGGAGGGAACAUCUAACAAACGAGGACGAUGUCGAAGAAUUACAAAGACAGAAUCAAAACCUGAGGGACGUUAUUCGACAGAUGCGCCAAGAUAUGGAGGACCUUAAUAACCAGUUAGCAAGUAGGCCCCCUUCGGUUAUGGUAACUACCUUAGAUGAGGACCAAGAACAAAGCAGUGUACCGUUAACUUCCGAAUAUGUCAAAUCACUGGAAAAAGAGGUUAUUGAGUUAAAAUCAAAGAACAGAUCGCUAAGCAAACGACUAGAGGAUUUGACGCUGAGCCAUAAGCCUCCCCAGGGAACUGGGCACAGUAACAAACAGGCCAGGGUACUAGGAAAAAUUGACGAUCCUUUUGUACAAAGUCACGUGAAGGAACUAAACGAUACUAUUGGAGUGCUACGUCAGGACAAGUUGCAUCUCACUGCGCAAGUGCGAAAACACGAAGCGACCACUGCGCACCUACAAGGACUGGUCGCUUCAACACAAGACCAGUUGCGUCAAAAACAAGUAGCCCUUGAUCAAGCGCAGUAUGAUCUGACGACUCUGACUCGACGAACUGCAGAAGAAUCCAAUGCGCAGAGACAGCGCAUGUUAGAACUAGAACUACAGCUGGCCCAAGUACGGCGGGAGGCAGAUGAAUAUUUUAAGAGUGGCCUUGAAAGAAACUUGGAAGCAACGACUUUGGGAAACCAGUUGUCAGUCUUAAAGCUCGAGCUGGCAUCCCAAGGGAAAUCUACCGCUACCUUUAACCCACAAACUGCUGUUGUUAAUGAGUUACAGGAUGAGAUUCAGAGAUUGCGCAAGCAGCCUGGUGUCUCUCCCAGAUCUCACGCUGACCCAAGCGUAGCCAGGCUACAACAGAAGCUGAAGACUGCUGCCCAGCGCAUCACACAGCUGGUGCGAGAGAAAGAACAGCUCAUUCAGAUGGGGAACAAGUUACGCGCAGAACUGUCACGUGUGAGAGGUGAAGAUAUGAAAGGUUCAUCUUUUAUGCGUCACGCCGCUGACCACCACAGGCCUCGUGCUCCAUCUACACCCAGUCCCGUCAAACUCACACCAGAUGAAAUGGCAGACGAUCUGCAGACCAAACUAAGUGCAAUGGAAAAACUACAAUACGCACUGACUACACACGAGCUACAAGUAGCACAGCGCAUGGCAGAACAACAGAAGAUUGCCGCUGGACAGGUACAGGUGACUGUGAGGUCGAGCUCCAGUGACACGUCACCUUCAGAUUCUAAUGAGGCCAGAAUACAAGCUAACAAACCAGAAACUAAAGAACCGCGUCGUCACGCAAGUCUUAAACCAGUGUCACGCAAACAACCUUCGCCUGAGCCAGUGAUACAUAGUCAGCAGCGAUCAUCAUCUCCUUACCAGGAGCACGCACUUUUUACUUCGUCUUCAGAAGGUCAAGCCUCGCUGCAAGAGAUUUGGAAACUGCUUGACGAAGAAGAAAGUUUUCGAAGUUUGAGCCCUGUGAAAGAACGACCCAGUUCCCAGACUCCUGAUCAUAUACCUGCCAGGGAGGGGUCUGGAGAGAGUGAUGGGUUUACAGUCAAAGGCAAGAAAGCUGUGCCUGAGAAAAAAGGACAAAAAGAAAAACCAAGAUUGUCGCAGAAAGCACAGGGUAAAAUGAGAGUGAUAGCACAGAAACCACUGUGUCCACAGUCCUAUAUUACAUGAUUUGUAAAAUACCCGACAUAGACAUCGAUGCCGUGCCCUGCCGUGACGUAACGGAUUUGGUUAUUUGUCUCGCACGUUGUGAUUGGUUCAAGAGAUGUUUCAACAGAUGUCGUGUACCGUGACCGUACAAUGACGUCACGGAUUUAGUUCUUUGUGUCAGUAAUCUUGCACUCUGUGAUUGGUUCAACAGAUGUCGUGUGCCGUGACCGUGUCGUGACGUCACGGAUUAAACACUCUAAGGUUUUACUUACAGUAGGUUGAUGACUAGUCCCAGGACCACGCAUCCUACAGCAACUAUACGUUCAGCGAUGAACAUCGAACCUAAAUAAUAAUCAACGAUUCUUGUAGGUGGCGAGUUGCAAUUAUUACCACGAGAAUGAAAUAUAACAUGAUGUGGCCGCCAUGUUGGAUGACAACAAMAAAAACAUUUAAGAAUCUUUUGUCAAAGUCCACCAACAUGGCGGCUAUGACGUCACAUAAGAACACAACUCCAGACAUAACCACAAGCAGCCAAUCAAUGGACAAGUAUCUUGGUGAGACUCACCUGAGGAACAAUCACAUGCACCCCAACAAUCCACGAUCUGUGAUAAAUUACCAUUACAAGGAACAGCAGAUGUCAGCGUUAUUGACCCUUUAGUACAUGCGCGGUACUGGGUUACUGUUCCGCCCGUAGCACAGCAUUUAGCAGCACAGUUCUUCUCUGUUGUCCAGUUGGUCCAGCUUGGAGCUACUACAAUACAAUAGUACAAGGAACACAGUUGUAUUAAGCCUACAAUACAAUAGUACAAGGAACACAGUUGUAUUAAGCCUA